UGCACCGCGGUCAUCGGCUGAGCGGCCAGAUAGGAGAACAACGGAGCAUCCACCCAACAAGCCGCCGGGCCACUGGACUCUAUAUAAUAUUAUUUAUUCAAAAAUUAAAGUUCGGGAUAGUUUUUCCUCGUUUUUAUAAAACUGCUGAAGAGCUUAGUUACAGACGCAGAGGUGAUAUCCACUCCUAUCGGCAGCUGGGUGGUGGUGCUCUUUAGCAUUGGCUAGCCGGUUAGCUAGCACUAACUGACCGGGUGUUUGGGGGCGGUGUGAAAAGCAGCUGAACACAAACAAAACAAAAAGAAAGAAGAGCUCAUUUAAAAAUACAUAUUGUUUUUUUUUUUAUUCCCUGCCACGCUAGGUACCGCGGUGUCGUAACAAUCUGGUUUAGCAGUUAGUUUGUUGGGACUGGCUCAGCGUUCCGCACUAAAUACCGGGACUCGGGUUAGCUUCAGCUUGGCUAAACGUCGCUAGAACAACGCGAUGAACACCGAGGCGGAGACCGCAGCCUCGACCAAAGCCACCCCGGAGGACGAUGGCAUGACGUGGUGGUACCGAUGGCUCUGCAAGAUAGCCGGGGUUUUGGGAGGAGUGUCGUGUGCCGUCUCAGGAGUGUGGAACUGUGUCACCGUGAACCCUUUGAACAUUGCUGCCGGAGUAUGGAUGGUGUUGAACGCCUUCGUGCUGUUCCUGUGUGAGGUCCCGUUCUGUUGCCAGUUCAUAGAGUUUGCUAAUGCCAUAGCAGCCCGAGCAGACAAAUUCAAACCUUGGCAGAAAGCCUUCUUCUACUGCGGGAUGGCGAUAUUUCCCGUAUUUCUGAGUUUCUCCUUUACGACUUUGUUCGGAAACGCCAUCGCCUUCGCCACAGGAGUCCUGUACGGACUUGCGUCUUUAGGCAAAAAGGGAGACGCAGUGACGUACGCCCGACUGCAGCAUCACAAACAGGGGGACGAAGAGAGGAUGACGGAAGCGGCCAACGGGGCUCCGGAGUGAGGCGUCCGCCCUCCGUCCAUCUCCAACGCUCCUUUCCUUCUUUCCCGUUUCUGUCGCUGCAUAAUUAUGACACGGAGUUUAUUUAUUUCCUGGAAACUGCUGCAUUAUUGUUCUCCUGGCCGGGGUAAACAUCCAAGCAGAUUGGAUUGUGUCCAUUAUUUGGUACCUGGGGUGGAAGUGGGAUCUUUUAUCAAGACUCCAUGACUUAAACUGUAAGCUUUGUUCUUAUGGUCUUUUCAUGGAUUGUAUUUAUUAUUUUAUUACCUUUUGUUGUUGCUGUCAGUCGUAAACCCCAUUUCUGUCGCAAAAAAGUGAGGUACGUCUUUUUCGCCCCAAAAGCCUUUCAGGAAAUCCCAAUAGAAUUCAAUGUGAUUGUAAAACGUGUCUUCAGGUUAUUUGCUAUGACUCUUGAGGCCGUGAUUCAGAGAGGUCUGAUCACCACAUAUCUGUAAAUAGUCCCGUGGGUUUCCUUUAGUAUCUCCCUGUAUUUGAAUCGCAGAAUGUACCUUUGUUGGAUUACUAUCUAGUAAAGAGAGACAGAGAGAGAGAGAGAUUUUAAAGCUACGAUGCAGACGACACUCUGAAUUGCAGCCUGAACGAUUUUUUAAAUGUUAAAGUCAUUAUGGAUAAGUGUAACAUUGGGAAUGUGGUCUACCCAACGACACACACAGUUACUGCUUAUCCGAUCUUCAUUUUCUACGCAUGGCCUCGUAUGGAGGGAGUGUCACUAAAAAGCUUUCAGUGCAUGUGUGAGGUUGUUAACGUGUCGUUCCUCGUGAUCAAGUAGCCGGUAGCUGCGUGCAUCCUUUUUUGUGUUUUUUUUGGGGGGGGGUUAGAAUCUUUUACCGAAAAUGUGUUGUAUUUAUUAAGAGUCUUAAUUGGUACAUUCUACCAAAAACACAUACAAUAUUAAAUGACGGGACAUGUGUCGGGAUUGGUCUGCACUCCGCACAUUCACCAAAGCCAUGGUUUGCCUUUGUCACAGAAGGGAGGUCUGCAGUGUGCGACGUGUGUUUGUAAUGUUGUUGCCUCGCCUCUGUUGCGUCAUCGUCGGUGGGGACUCUUUGGGAAAUGAUUGUUUACACGUACCUCUUACGGCGGUUUCCAUCCGGUGGCCCUCACUGGCCGCUCCGUGACUGGCUGGGUUUUUUUCACACGGCGCCAGCAGCUCUCAGGUGUCACACGUGCGGAUGUACGCUGGCAGUUUGUGUUGCGUUUUGAAGCGUGCACAAGCAGAUUUAAGAAGGGAUUAAGCACUACACACCAGCAGUACGCUACACUACAAACACACUUUACCGUUUUGGUAAGAUGUUAAAUACAAUAAACGGCGUUCUUUGUCCACAAGCAUCCAUCCAAGUGUAUUUUAGCGCAGUGACUGGCAUUGGAGACUCCUUUGGUUCUGAUUGAUUUUACGUCAUACAGUGUUGAGUGCACAUUGUGCUGUAAGGGAUGUGUGUUGUGAUGUGAAUUCUUAUGUUAUCCAUUAGUGAAUUAAACAAACUUGCUACUACUGUCACGGGUCGAGCUUUCUUAUGCUUUUGAUCCUUUUUUAUGGGGAUGAAUUCUUUUGACUUUGAUGAUCCAACUUGUCUCAAAGCUUUGCUGAACGCUUUUAACCAACUACCUUCACACUU